AGGGGUCGCUAGUCGUCCUGUGACAGCUUCGAGUUAUUUAUAUUUAUUGUAUUUUAAAAACUGUCAAAAGAAAUUAUAAACAAUUGGUCGAUUGAAGUGACGUUAAAUGAGUUUGAACUGUUAACUAAAAGUUAUUUCACGUAGGGCGCGGAUAAAUGUGUGCAAUCAAAGACAUAAAAUGUUGCCUAUUAUGAAUCACAGUAUUUUUGAUCAUCACCAAAUCAAAGCAGAGCCCCUUGCCUUUUAUCAAUCAGUGAUCCCACCAACUUUAGAUGUUAUGGCCAAUGACUACAGACCUGGCACUGAUCAUCUAAAUUUAGACUUGCACCGGGAAGAUGCAUCUACAAUUGCUAGAUGCGAUAUUAAGGAUGAGACAAUGAGUGAGAGCAACAUGAGCACAGGGGAGGGCACCAGCAAUUCCAAGAUGCAGAGCUGUAAGAUUUGCGGCAAAGUUUUAUCAUCAUCAUCAAGUUACUAUGUUCAUAUGAAAUUGCAUUCAGGGAACAAACCAUUUCAAUGCUCCCUGUGCGAGGCUGCCUUUUGCCGUAAGCCCUACCUGGAGGUUCACAUGAGAGUGCACACUGGAGAGAGGCCAUUUCAAUGCGAUCAAUGCCAAAAGAGAUUCACACAGAAAUCUAGCCUGAACACCCACAAACGUGUGCAUACUGGAGAGAGACCCUAUGCAUGCGAGGUGUGCGACAAGAGAUUUGCAGUCAAGAGCUACGUUAUAGCUCAUAGAUGGUCGCACGUCUCUGACAGACCAAUCUCCUGUGACCAGUGUCAAAUGACGUUCACUUCAAAGACUCAGUACGCCCUCCAUUUGCGAUCACACAAUUCAGAUAGACACUUUGAAUGCACCGUCUGUGGUCGCGCCUUCGCUAAAGACUCCUACCUAAUCCGGCAUCACUACAGAGCUCACUCGCAAGAUCCCUUCCACGGUUCCUUGAAUCAUCAAAGAAACUUGGCGGCUAGUGCGUCUUUUAAGUCGCAUUUACUCAAUAAAUGAGUUGAAAUGAAAAAAGUUAAAACGAAAAAGAGAAGGAAAAAUUUGGCAUUUAAUGGUACUGUAAAUAAGUAGCUCUAAAUGUGAGGUAAAAAAAAAGAAAAACAAAACAAACUUAACAUACAGAAAGGCACAAUUACAAUUUUUUUUUUUUA